UGGGUAUCCGUUGCCCUCCGUUGCUAGAAAGUCCAUUGCCCAUAGAGUUUGGAGCGAGGUACCUCCAUCCUGUGGUGCCUGUACAUAGACUUAUCCGCCGUGUUUGCAGGCGUGAGACAGUGCGACAAGUGCGCGUGUGCCUCUCUAUGCAGGAUCUGGUGGAUUGCAUCAAAUUGUUGAAUCCGAAGUCAUUGAGUUGCUCAAAGAGCAGCAGACUCAAAUGCCUGGCGUGCGAUCAGACUGAGAAGGGAGCUCGCCAUGAAAUGGAAGCGACGCUUGGGGUGGCUGGCAAUUGCUUUGGUCGCUUCGCAGGGCUUUGCUUGCCCACGAUCAAGACAUCGAGGCCGAGUCACAUUGGCCGCAGCUCGCACAGAGCUGGUGCAGGAAACCCGCUUGUUGCGGGAGACGCUGGGGCAGUUGGCUGCGGAAGUCCGGCUCCUGCGGCAGGAGCUCUCGCCCGAGCCUGACACUGAGGAAAGCCCAAAGACUGUCGACCCUCCAACACCUGCAGAACGCCAGCCUGUUGACCCUCCAACCGUCGCCCCGGGCCCGGCCAGGAAGCCGCCAGUGGGCACGACCUUGGUGAAGGUGGUCAGUGCAGGCGGUGAUGCCGGGGAUUUGGCGGACUUCUUUCUGGAGGACGUGGAGGUGCCCAUCAACGGCAUGGCCAACCGGCGGGGCUUGAACGUGGUGGUCAUCGACACCUCCGCGGGCCACAUCUUGUCGGCCAAGACCUACGACAUUUGGGGCAACCCCCAGGAGGAGAACCGCAGGUUUGCCAAGGACAUGCGGAUUGUGGAUGAGGACGACAUCAUCCUGGUGGCUCUCAAGGAUUCUGGGCUGGAGAACUUGGACGGGGAAGCCUUGCAUGCGUUGCAGAGCAUCGGCUCAUCCUUGGAGAGCAGGUUAGGCUUUCGCCAGGGCUACGCCCUCAUAGGUGUGAAAGAUGGCGAGGCUUUAGCGGAGCGAAAGGGUCGCAUGGUGAUGGCAGAGGCAAAGCUGAACUUCGUGGUUCGACCUCCUCAGUCACCAGUGAGGGCUGCCAGAUAGCGCGACGCAAGCUGCAAAUCGGCCUGUGCAAAGCGGUCACAGCAAAAGUUUGCAAUGGAGGAAGAUCCCCCAUGCCUUUGUUCCCACA